AUCAAACACUAGAUUCCUGUAGAACCAGUGUUGAUGAGGAGCAUGAGGUCAACUGUAGAACAUGCAAAGGAAAAAGAGAAAAGUGACUAGAAUUAUGAAUUAUCAUCUAUCUACACAAAUGCACUUUUGUUAUUUAAGCAAGUCCUGAACCACACACAACACAAGAGGUGCAAAGUGCAACCAAACCAGUUUAAGACAGCACAAAUACACACACAUAUAUAAUAUGGCCUACAUCGCCACCACGGUUGGUGCCAGCACCGUCACCACAGUGGAUUGUCAGAAACAAGUAAGAUCAUGGAGGCUACUACGUUCCAUCAUGGAGCUUCUAAUCCCCACUUGCAACUGCACUUUCUUCCUCGAAGAACAAGACCAAUCACAAAAGUGUCUCCAACAAAAGUAUCCACGACAACAACAUCAACAACUCAUGACUUGUGCCACAAUCACUGGCACUAUCUUUGGAUAUCGCAAAGGAAAGGUCAGUUUUUGCAUCCAGGCUAAUUCCAACUCAAGCAACCCAAUUCUGCUGCUAGAGUUGGCAGUUCCAACAAGCGUUUUGGCUAAGGAAAUGAGAGGGGGCAAUCUCAGAAUUGUGCUGGAGAGUUCAUGUAACAACACCACCAACAACAGUAAUCUUUUUUCCUCACCUCUUUGGAGCAUGUACUGCAACGGGAGGAAAGUGGGGUAUGCCGUUAAGCGUAGGCCUUCAAAUGGUGACUUUGAAGCACUGAGUUUGAUGAGUUCUGUUGCUGUAGGGACUGGUGUUAUAAACAGUUGCAAGGAACUGCAGCAUCAAGAGGACGAGCUUAUGUACCUUAGAGCCAAUUUUCAAAGGGUUCGUGGUUCCUCCAAUUCUGAAUCUUUUCAUUUGAUUGACCCUGAAGGAAGCAUUGGUCAAGAGCUUAGUAUUUUCUUUUUCAGGUCCAAGUGACCUUAAUUAACUUGUUUAUUAUUGUUGCUGUGUAUAUAUAUAUUCAGAGUCGUUAAUUUCAACUUUCAAAAGCUUACCCUUUUUUGAGCCGUGCCUAGGUAUGCAUUGCAUGGUUUUGUCCUAUGUUCUGUAUGUAUAGUUUUCAAAGUGCUCUUCUUUUUUGUUGGCUGUGUUAGGUUUGGACAGAAUUUAACAAUUUGGGAGAGGUAGCUUCAAGCCUAUCAGUCUAUUGGCUUUUUUUUUUUCCACUCCCUUUCAUUGUAGCAGAAGUUAAGAACUGUC